CAGUGGUGUGUUGUAUAAAAUAAAAACCAAAGGAAAUAUCUUGUGCUGCUGCAGAUUAAAUUAGCUUUUGAGCUAAGGAAGCUGAAAGUGAGCUGCAGGUGUGGUUUCCUGCCUUGCACAAGUGAUGGCUUCUGAGGAUCUAGCUCUGAGCUCUGAGUAUGAAGUGACUUGCUCCAUCUGCCUGGGAGAUUUCAAAGACCCGGUGACUAUUGAUUGUGGGCACAACUUCUGCCGGGCCUGCAUCAGCCAGUGCUGGAAGGAGUCACAGCCAACUUUCUCCUGUCCUCACUGCAGAGAAACAAUCCAGCAAAGAGACUUUCCGCUCAACAAGCAGCUGGGAAACAUGGUCAGCUUAGUGAAAAAACUACGUUCCCAGGAAGUGAGAGAGCCUGAACUGGACAGAGUGUGCAAGAGACACCAGGAGGCCCUGAAGCUGUUCUGCUAGGAGGACCAAACCCUCAUCUGCAUGGUUUACAGGGAGUCCUGGGCUCACAGAGCUCACACUGUGGUCCCCAUCGAGGAGGCAGCCCAGGAGUACAAGGAACAAAUCCAGACCCAUCUGAAGCGUUUGAGGAAAGAGAAAGAAGAGCUGCUGGGGUGUCAAUGCCAUGAGGAAAAGACAAGCCGAGAGCUGAUGAGGCAGAUGGAGCUGGAGAGACAGCUGGUGGUGUCUGAGUGUACACGCCUGAGCCAGCUCCUUACACAAGAAAAGUGCCUCCUGUUGGCCCGCCUGGGAGAUCUGGACAAGGAGAUCAUAAGGAGGAAGGAAGAAAAUGCCUCCCGACUGCAGGAGGAGAAUGUCUGCCUUGGUGCCCUGAUCACAGAGCUGGAGUGGAAGUGUCAGCAACCAGCGCCUCAGUUCUUGCAGGAUGUCAGAAGUGCAGUGAGCAGGGCCGAGGAGGCAACAUUUCAGCGUCCAGCUUUUGCUUCCUUUAAGAUGGGCAAGAAAGUGUGGCACUCCCCUCGAGAGAGCCAUGACUGGAGGGCACCAACGGAGCUCCUCGAUUCCUUUCUCCUGCGAGCCUCUCCCUGGAUGGGGCCUAAAUAUGCAGCCCUGGUUCUUUUCUUUGCCCUGGCUGUUUGUUUUUUCAUGCUACAAGGGACACAUCCUGCAAAAUUUGCUAAUGUGUCUCUGGAUGUGGACACAGCAAACCACAGACUCAUCCUGUCUGCAGAUAGGAAACAGGUGAGAGUGGGAUACAAUGACAAAGACUUGCCCAGCAACCCCAGGAGAUUUGAUUUUGAGCCCUGUGUCUUGGGUUCAGAGGGGUUCAACUCAGGGAGACACUACUGGAUCAUGCAGUCAAUAGGGGGAGCAGGCUGGGCUGCAGGAGUGGCCAGAGAGUCUGUGAACAGGAAGAGCCAACUGAACCUUCACACCAGGGAAGGGAUCUGGGUUGUGUAUCAGCCUGUUGGUGACUUCCGGACUCACACUUCCCCGGAGAACGCACUGCCCCUGAAUGGGAGUCCCAAGAAGAUCCAGGUUUAUCUAGACUAUGAAGGGGGACAGGUGGCUUUCUACAAUGCAGAGAACAAGGCUCCCAUCUUCAAUUCACAGCUUCCUUUUCUGCAGAGAAAAUUUUCCCUUUCUUCAUGCUGUGGGACAAAAGAGCGGAGAUCAAGCUGCAUCCCCCUGACAUGGAGUAAUAAUAUGUGGUCGCAUGGGGCCUGAACUCUACACAGGAUCAUGCACUUAGUUCCAUCCAGCAUUUCUCCUAGCUUGUGCUCUUCUGAAAAAAGUCCAAGGGACUUUGCUGUGAGCCCAGCAAAUGAUCAAAUUAAGGCUCCGGUAGGCCAAAAGAAGGACAUUGCAGAGAGGAAGGGCACUGACAGAGCCAGCCCUGUGAGCAGCUCCAGCUCAAUUGCCUCUGAUAAACCCAAACCUCUUUAUACCCAGGCCUGAAGCUGAGCAUCCUGCUAAUCCCCAGCACAAUCGUGUAUCAGCUCAGCUGCCUAGGUCUCCAAGGUGACCAUGUUCUUGGAGACCUAGAUCUGAGCCUAGCUGCUGUGACACUCCUGACUCCCACUGCCCACUGUUGGGUGACAUUUUCAUGGCCUGGUGACAAGUGUGACAGGGGAGAGCUCAUGGAUGUGGAGUGGAAGAGAUGGGUGGCUGAGGAAACCUGGCCAGCUGGGGCUGAG